AUGAAUCGUGAUCCGUCCCUUUAUUCGGAUGUCUGUUUUGGGAAGUUACUUCGUGAAGAGCAGCGUCUUACAACACAGGCCACUCUUCAACAUCAACUUAUGACCUCAGAUGCUGUCGCUUAUGUAGCUCAUGGGAAAAACAAAUGGAGGGACAUGAGAAAGAUUCAAUGCUUUAGUUGUAAGGACUAUGGGCAUAUUGCUACUCACUGUACCAAAAAGUACUGCAAUUAUUGCAAGAAGUCGGGACACAUUAUCAAAGAUUGUCCUACUCGACCUCAAAAUCGUCAGGCUAAUGCAUAUCAGGCUACUACCGGGCCAUCGACUUCUAAGACAUCAUCUACUACUACCCAAUCUGCUCUUACUCCUGAAAUGGUGCAACAAAUGAUUGCGUCAGCUUUUGCUGCUUUGGGACUUCAAGGUAAACAUAAUACUUCAUCUCAAUCUCGGCUAGUUGAUUCCAGUACCUCAAAUCAGAUGACCAGUCCCUCUGAUGGUCUUCAUGAUAUUCGCCCAUAUCAAGGCUCAUCUCAUAUUCAAAUAGCUAAUGGGAGCCAUUUAGCUAUUAAUGCUGUUGGAUCAGGUGUCGGGAAAGAUACUAGCGGGGGGCCUAAAAUUGGACGAUUGUUUCCAUUACAUUUUUCUAUUCCUAGUUGCUUAUCUUUAGCUUGUAUAACUGUUAACAAUAAAAGUGAAGUUUGGCACAAACGUUUGGGACAUCCAAACUCCACUAUCCUGUCUUAUUUGUUAAACUCUGGUUUGUUGGUAGUCAUGCCAAAAAGAGCUUUGAUAUUGUGCAUAGUGAUGUUUCGGGCGUUUCAGCUAUCACCUCUCUUGCCCAGUGGAGAAUAUAUGUCCCAUGAGUUUCAUGAUUUCUUAAAACAAAAAGGUAUUUUGUCUCAACGAUCAUGCCCUUAUACCCCUCAACAAAAUGGGGUGGUAGAACGAAAAAAUCGUCAUGUACUGGAUGUUGUUCGUACAUUAUUACUUGAUUCCCAUGUUCCUUCAACAUUCUGGGUUGAAGCAGUGUCCACUGCAGUUUAUUUAAUCAAUAGAUUGCCUUCCCAAAUUUUACGCUUUGACUCUCCAUAUUAUCGCCUUCAUAAUCAACAUCCUACUUAUCAUGACUUGCAUACUUUUGGGUGCAUUUGUUUUGUUCAUUUAUCUUCUCAUGAACGACACAAGCUUUCUGCACAAUCUGUUAAGUGUGCUUUUAUGGGCUACAGCGUUUCGCACAAAGGUUAUGUUUGCUAUUAUCCAUGUUCUAAUAGAUUUCGCAUAUUUCGUAAUGUUGUUUUCUUUGAGCAACAAUCUUUCUUUCAUACUCAUGCUCAACAUUUACCUGAAAUUAGUAUUCUCCCAUGCUUUGACGAUUUGACUUCUCAUCCUGAACGAUUCAAGCCCGGACUCGUGUAUGAGAGACGUCAACCAAAUAGGCCUCUUCCUGAAGUUGACCUCACAUCUGAUCUUGUCCAGCCCCUCUCUUCUGAGCCUGAGUUGGCAUCAGAUACUGAUGUACCUCCUGAUCCGGGUCAUCGAUGA